ACCCAAAACCCUGCUCUCGCCCUACCGGUCUAUCCACAUUCCUAAUUCCUGGCUGCUGCCUGCCAUAUACAUCUCACCUCAUCCAAUCUCUCCACAUUCUCCACCAUAAAAAAAAAAACCCUAGGAAAACCUCUCAUCUCUCAUCCCAUUCCUCUCCCCACACUCACUACAAAAAUCAACACCAAAUCCAAACCCCCAAAACGGAAAAAACCCAAAACCCAUUAAUCCAUGGCAAAAAAGAAGCCAACCCACCACGACAAACCGCCCCAAAACCAAGACCACGCCCACCAAUCCCCACCCGCCACCAUGGACGGCGUCGCUCAUUCCGAUAAGCUCGAGAACCUAAAAUACCUCAACAACAUGCUCCUCAAGCAGGCCGUCGAGCGCCGGCAAGAGGUCGACUCGCUCCAGCGCUCCAAAGGGUCCCUGGAAUCGGCGCUGACUCGGUCGGAAUCGGAGAACCGCGAGAUGCAGGCCGAGUUGACCCGCUUGCGCGACCGCGCGGCCCGGCUGGUCCUCGAGAGGGACUUGGUGUCCGUGUUCGUCGCCGAGCAGGCGGGCCAGCAGGCCGAGGCUGUGGAGGAGGAGAGAGAAGGGUUGAGAGGAGAGAGAGCCGAGGUUGAGGAGAGAGUGAAGGGUUUAGAGAGAAACAUGGAUGUGGUGAUGAGAGAGAGGAGUGAGAUUGAGAAGGUGUGCGGUGAGAGAGAGUCUGAGAUUAGGGUUUUGGAGGAGAAGUUGAGCAAGGUUUAUGUUGAGAUGGAGAAGGAAAUUGAUGGGUUGAAAAGGGUCUCUAGAGAGAGGGAUGGUUUGAGGACUGAACUUGAUGUUCAGAUUGAGGAAACUAAUGGGUUGAGGCUCGAACUCGUCGAAUCAGAGAAGAGAGGGAGAGUGAUCGAAGAGGAGGUCAAGAAGUUGAAGGCGGAGUACAAUGGUGCGGUGAAGGGGAAAAGAGAUAGGGAGAGAAGGAUUGAGGAGAUGAUGAGGGAGAAGGGUGAGAUUGAGAGGAGUUUGGGGGAGGCGAAUCGGGUGAUCGAGGGAUUGAAGAGAGAGAUUGAGGGGAUAGUGAGAGAGAAAGAAGGGGUGGAGGAGGAGAGGGAUGUGGAAGUGGAGAAGAAGAAUGAGUUGCAAGUUUCGGUGGCAGCGCUAGAUGAGAUGGUUUUGGGUCUGCAAAAGGAAGAAAAGAAGUUAAGGGCUAUUGUGUUGGAUUUGGAGAAGAGGUGUGUUGUGGGUGAGGAGAAGGAAAAGGAGAUGGAAAGGGAGAUUAGUGAGUUGGUGAGUGAGAGCGAGGAGAGAGAAAGGAGCUUUGAGAGUUUGGUUGAGGAGAGUGGUUGGGUCAAGAAAGAGUUGGAUGGUGCAUUGAAGGAAUUGGAUGAGCAUAAGCAGAAAAUGGAGGAAGUCAUUAGGAAGAAAGUCGAGAUUGAGGCGGAGAAAGUUGGAAAGGAGAGUGAAAUUGUUGAAAUGCAGAGAGAGGUGAGUGAGCUCAGGCUUGCGAUAUCCGCGUUGGAAGCUUCGUGCAGGGAUCAAACAGAGAGAAAUGGGCAGUUGCAAUCUGAAGUUAGUCACUGUUGGGAUACAAUCAAGAUAGUUACUUCUGAAAGGGAUGUGGCUAGAAGGGGAUUUGAUGAGGAGAAAAAGAAUGGUGUGAUCUUGAGGGAGAAAGUUUCGGAAAUGGAGAAGAAAAUUGAAGAAACUCAGAAAGUGGUAGAUGAUUUGAACGCUGGAAAACUUAAUGUGAUUGGAGAAAAGAAAGAGUUAGAAAUCAAAUGCACAAAGUUGGUGAAGGAGAUCGAAUCGAUGGAAAUUUCGCUGUCAAAGGCUAGAAAGGAAGUUGAUGACGUGCAGGCGAAAGUGGAAUCAUCGGACGCGAACUUGGAACUUGUUUUGAAGACGUUGAGGAGCGCUGCAGCAGCGAUGGUUUGUGCGUCAAAAGAAGGGGUUGUUAAGGAAAACGAUGGGCUUAUCGACGAAAUGAAGCUUGGGGAAUCGGUGAAACCGUAUGUGGCAGAGCUGGAGGCAAUCAAGAAUGCUUUCAAGAACAGAGAGAUCAAGGUUGAGGACAUGAAGAAACAACUCGAGCAUUUGCAGAAUUCGGUAGCAGAAGCACAAAAGGGGAAGAACUUGUUGACCUUGGUGUCGUCGGCGACAGCAAUUCUUGCUGCAGCUGUAGCUUCUGUUGCAUAUGUUGCCCGCGGGCGCUGAUUCUCCGGUUCAACUGCGUUUUUUCGCUAUGCUGAGUAACUAAAGGGUUCUACAUGGAUUACUAAUCCAGUUGUAUUUUUUCUUCAGGCAUGAGGCCAAUGCUGGUCCUUCUCACAGUUUUUUUUCCCACAUGAUGUUUUUAAGAAGCUACAAGUUCAACUUCCCAGGCUCUUUAUCUGUCUAUGGGCAAUGUUUUGAGGUUAACUA